AAAGCCAUUGACAACCUGAGUUUUCACAAAAUACUUAGUUGGAAAGUUGUAGAAAAGGUCCACUAGCAACAAGGAUAAGCAGUUGCUAGUGGACUGAAAGGAUUUUGAGGCAAAGCCUAUUCAGCAGGUUGAGGGAUAUUCAUAAGGCGUUGACAGCAAUUGGAGUCAGAGAGUCAAGAACACCAGACUAAAGUAUCCAGGAAAUGAUACAACUGUCACAUUCCUUGUGUUAAGUCACUCCUGAACUACAGGCAAGAUCAGAAGGAGUGUUGCUUAGUGGUCCAAAGUCUUCUUCUCAGCUACAUUUUAUAUUUCAUUUAAAAGGUAGGCCUAAAAUCUGGAUGAACAAUGGCGAGUCACAGAAUCCAAGCUUCUUCAGAGCCAGUGAGAAGUUUUCACAGUCAGUGAUGAUCUGGUGAGUCGUGUCAUCAGUUGGUGUAGAUCCAUUCACUUUCAUCAAACCCACCAGGAAAUCUUAGACCAGCUUUAAGCUAGUCUGACAGACUUUUUGAAAAUGCUUAUUUAAUUUUCCUGCUGUACUUAUCAGUGAACAACACUGGCAAAAAAUACUAAUAUCUGCUUUAAUAGUCACUCUGCCGGACCUAAACGGAACAAACAAUCUGUGGAGUUUUGUUAAGAUGAGAGACUUCUGACUGAAGUACACAGUUUAGCAAAAUGGACUGCCUUAAAGCCUCAGCAUAAGCACAACUUAAUUUUUCCACAGCACUGAUGAGGUCUUGUAGGUAAAAGGAGCCCAGUCUAAAUAUAUGCCAAGAUAUAUUAAUCAAAGCUAACAGAAAUAUAAGCUUGAAAUAUACAUAUUAAAUAAAAUAACAUGUUUCACUUUUUGAUUUCAUUUACUGAAAUUGACUUGGGAACAAUUUUCUGAUGCAUUUGAUAUGUGUAGCCUAAUAUAGCAUUAUAGUUUGGUAACAGGCGCUAAAUGAAUUUUUAGCGCUUGUUUUCAGAUAAAUCGUGCAAUAGAGAAAUAAAAAAAAGCAGAGAAACUCCUGUUGAUCUCUGUUGAGUGAACGGCAUUUCUGCUGCAGGAGGACUCGGACCAGGUGAAGCAUGCUUUGUGGCGUAUUUCAGUCUGCACAGGAUGAAUGCAGAUGUCCCCUUCUCUCUAAACUAUUCUCUUCAGACUCGGGCAGCCCCUUGCUGAGUUGGUCGCAAUCAUUGUUUCUCUGCAGCAUUAACCACAUUCCAGAGAGGCGCAUCGCAUCCCGUCUCCUUCCCCACAUUCCAGAGAGGCGAACGAGUCCCCCGCGUAAACACGCCUUUAAAUUCAAUUCCUCUGCUCUCACUGCACACAUACCAGAGUAAGAAGCAUAUGUGUGGAAUAUGGGAUUAUCCAACACCGUCUAGUUUCCACUGAAGCGGCUGUAAGGGAAAUCUAGAGGAAAAACCAACAAGGAGAAAUUCCUCCGCGCAGCGCGCCAUUGACUGUAAAGACCUUUCAAGUUAACAAAAACUGAAGUUGACAAACGCGUCGCUGUCGGCUGAUACUGUGAGAAAGAGUUUGGUUUUCGGCGCUGGGGGGGAAGCGGAAGGGGACGAUGCGGCUUGCGGUGCGGGUUUGCGCCUCGGCCGGCGGUUUUGCGUGAAGGAGCGACGGCUGCGCGGCGGCGUUUUGUUUUGAUUUCCAUGUGAAACACAAUUAGAGCUCCGUGGAGCGCAGCGCACUUUCAACUUGUUUCUCGCCUCUGGAGCGCAACAUGGAGCAUUAUGAGGAGGACCUGGGACUCCGGGCCGCUACCCUGAUGGAGGACCUUUCUCUGUACGAAGCCUACAAAGACGGGAUGUACAACGCGAGGAGGGACUUGGUGAUAAACCCAGAUUUGGACUUCUCCGCUCCGGCGGUGGCGGGGCUGAAAACCAAGCCGAUGAAUGGUACCUCUGUGCUCCACCAGCAGCAUCACACUUUGGAGAAUUUCACGCCGGGGAAUAAAGUGUACAACGCGGCUCCUGUGCGUCCCGUGAACUGCAGCCGGCCGGUUCCCGUGGAUUUCUGCGCCCCUCAGAGAGACUCUCUGUACAGUGAGGAGGGCUGCUGCACCAAAUCCGAAGUGGCUCUGCCGUGCUACUCUGGCACGUCCGAGAGGCACCGGAGGUACUCCUUAGAGGUGCAGGGCCACAGGUACAGCACCGGCUCCACCUUUGAUGGAGUGCCUCUCAACAAAGCGGUGCCGCUGCCCGGCAACAGGUGCAACAGUGUCUGCAUAACCAGCAGCCACGACGGGAGGUACGGCGCCGCCAGUCCCCGCUCCAGCCUGGCAUCGUCUCUGUCCUCUCAGGAGCAAAGCAAGCAUGCCAGCCCACGAUCGAGCAUCAGCAGCCCGCGCACCAGCCUGGUGGUACCGGGUCAGGAUAGGUACACCAGCCCCAGGUCCAGCUUGGUUCACUGUGAGGGCAACAGCAUCCUCAGCCCUCGAUCCAGCUAUGCAAGCACGGCCAGUGACACGAGCAAACACUCCAGCCCCCGGACCAGCCUCAACAGCUGCGACUGCUGCAGCAAGCCCAGCAGCAACCGAACCAGCGGCAUCAGCAUGGGCUACGACCAGAGGCACACCAGCCCCAGGUCGAGCACGGCCAGCCAGUACUCCUUCACCACCAGCCCGAGAUCCAGCUACUCUGACUCACGGUACGGGCCUGUGGUCAACCAUGACCUGGAGGGGUCCAUGAUGCUGCACGCUGCGCCGCUGGCCAGUCCCCGCUCCAGCAUCUGCAGCCAGGACGGGAGUGCCAGGCCGGGGACUGCGGCGAACUGCGUGGUCAGCCCGCGGUCCAGCAUCUCCAGCCACAGCUCCAGAAGCUCCCGCAGCUCCCGGGGGUCAAUGAGCACCUACCCGGACCUGCAGAUGCCCUCGCCCAGGUCAUCCAUGCUGGGCAGCGGUCUAACCGAGGACACCUUACUGCAGGAGUUCGGAGACUCUAACGGGGCUCAGAUUCGCACCCGUCUGCAGACGGUGUCCGAACCGCAGCCGCAGCUGGCUCAAGCGGGAGGGACGGUGGAGAUAAGCGCCGGCUCGUCGUUCUCCUUUAGCUAUGGCGUGUCGUCAAAGACGGCCUCUUCAGGGCAGAGGUAUAAGUUACCUUACCAGGUGACCCCCAGCCGAGAGAAUGGGCCGAGCCAGGCGGAGAAACGGCUGGAGGCGCUCACCUUGGAGCUGGAGAAGGAGUUGGAGAUGCACAUGAAAAAGGAAUACUUUGGUAUCUGCGUGAAAUGUGGGAAGGGUGUGUACGGGGCCAGCCAGGCAUGCCAGGCCAUGGGGAACCUCUACCACACCAACUGCUUCACCUGCUGCUCAUGUGGGAGGAGGCUACGAGGGAAGGCCUUCUACAACGUCAACGGGAAGGUGUACUGUGAGGAGGACUUCCUGUACUCUGGUUUCCAGCAGACGGCAGAGAAGUGCUUUGUGUGUGGUCACCUCAUCAUGGAGAUGAUACUCCAGGCGCUGGGCAAGUCCUACCAUCCGGGCUGCUUCCGCUGUGUUGUGUGUAAAGAAGGGUUAGACGGAGUGCCUUUCACCGUAGAUGUGGAAAACAACAUCUACUGUGUCAAAGACUACCACACGGUUUUUGCUCCGAAGUGUGCUUCGUGCAACCAGCCCAUCCUUCCUGCCCAGGGUUCUGAAGAGACCAUCCGGGUUGUUUCUAUGGACAAGGACUACCAUGUGGAGUGUUACCACUGUGAGGAUUGUGGUCUUCAGCUGAACGAUGAGGAAGGCCACCGCUGUUAUCCACUUGAAGGCCACCUUCUCUGCCACAACUGCCACAUCCAACGACUCCAGUCAAAGUUGCCCACCCACCCGCCCCCGAACUACCCCCUCCAUGUGACUGAAUUGUAGGAAGGAGACCCAGCUCCACCUUCGAGAUGAUCCAGGACACCAGCAGUGGGGUGAAGAGGGAUGGUUGCCCACUCCUCCAGCAGUCAUGGUCAUGAUUCCAAGCGCUGCACCCCCAGCUACACAAAGGGUUUCCAUUCUUCUCUUUCUCCUUAUCAUUUGGGUGCAUAAUCCAAAACCAGACUCACCCAGAGGGCCCCAAGUAGAACCAACCUUUGACGUUUUCACCCUGUUAAGGAAGCAGUUCCUGGAAUUCCUGUUCUUUGACUGAAGAGCUUCACUGCAGCAUUGUCACAGCAGAGAGAACGAGCCUCCGGCGUUGGCCGGGCCAGAUGGGCAGUGCCUUCAGAGUGUUUUCUCUCUCCGUGCAGCUUUCAACACUGAAACAGAGCCCUGCAAAAGGCUAUGCAAAGGACCCCCAGCAUCAUGACGCAGGGCUGUGAAGAAAAACAAACGACUCUGCACCGUGUCGACGUCACAGUAGCACCACAAGCCCAGAGAAACCGACUGACAUUCCAAGUAGAUGUCCAAGAUGACACCUCGAGAGAUUCACAAGCAGUGUCUUAAUUAAUGAUUAUAUUAUGGACAGAAAGAAACCUUUAGAUGCACAUAGGUCGUCUUUUUAUAUAUGAAUAUAUAUUUCGCAGACGUUUUCCACAUAAGAUCCUAGAUGUAGAUUGUAUUUUUUUUAUGUAUGUGUAUCUGUGAGCGUGACAUAAUUGGAGGUGUAACUGAAGCCUCCGCAGCUUUUGGGUCUGUUGCAUCAUCUCUCCUAGAGUCGCUUCAUGUCUGUCAGAGGGUCAGAGAUCCACAGGUAGCAGAUGUGGGUCUUGUAGUUUUUGCUUGCAGUUCUUUUAUUCUAUUUUAAGUACAUAGACGCAGUUCAUUUUGUUACAAAUUUGUUAUUUUUAAGCAAAUUUAUCCCUGCCAAGCUGAUGUUUGCGUACUCCAAAUAGUAAUUUUAAACAUACUGUGCAGCGUGCUGCACCUUUCAUUCGAAAUUUAAAUUCAGGAACUGACUCAAAACAGCCGUUCCACCCAAAUAUUCAAAAAAAGUUGGAAAUUUCCAGAAUUCAGCUUCUUUCUUUCUUUUCAUCAAUUCUAACGAAGCUGCUUAAAGUUGAAUAACAUAACUGCAUGCUCACCUAAAAAUAUUUUUUUCCUUCAGCAUUUAUUUCCAAACACUAUUAUUUUAUCAUAUAAAUCACAUCAUCCAUGACUAUGAGCAAGCUUCACUUGUCCACAUAAGUGUAUCUCAAUACAUUAGAACAUUAUGAAAAUGUUAAUUUAUUUCAGAAAUUUUGUUUAAAUAUGAAACCGCUAUUGUUUUAAUUCAUAACAUACGGAGUGUUAUAUUUCAAGCCAUUAUUUCUGUUAAUUUGGAUAAUGGCUUGUAGCUUAACAAAAUUCAGUUCAAUUAAUAUUUAGGACCGAUUGAAAAAAGAUUUAUAUCGUAGAGAUGUCAGACUACUAAGAAUUACGUAUGUUCUUGUACUGUAUGGUACAGUAUAUGCUCUCAAUACUUCCAUGAAUUAAUGCAUCAAUGAGCAAGGAGGUGAUCAGCACUGCUUAGGUAUUUUCCUUAAACUCAACUUUCCAUUAAUAUUUAGAUAUUGCAUUCAAAAAAUCAGUUUCUCAGAACAUUUUUGUGUUACUUAUGAAAAUUGGAUUUUGGAAACAUAUUAAUGGAAAGUUGAGUGAAAGAAAGAAGUGUGGUUAUUCUGUAAUAACUAUAAAACUAUAAUUGUAGUCCCACAAAUUAUGCCAUUCUUUUUGCAAUUACUCUACAUGAGUUUUGGGGUGGUUGUGCAACACUUUUUUUUACUGAAGUAAAUAAACCUUUCAAUGAUAGUCUAAUUUAUUGAGAUGCGCUCGUAUGUCCCAUUGCGUUCUGCACAGUCUGCUAAUGUGUUAUGUGGGAAGAGGGGAUACUUGAAAUCAUGGAGCUGCUGGUCCCACCCAUGUGCUUGUUUAAGGGAUCCCCACCCAUCGUUGCUUGUGUGUGUGUGUGUGUUCUCGCGAUCACAAGCACUUAUGUGUUGGCGUGUGUGUGUGUAUGAGUCCAUAGGAAGACAUUAGACUAAAAAAAAAAACCCAUUGUCAAACUGUUUCUUUCACAUAUCAUUGAGUUUUGAAACAUUCUUUUUAUUUCUGCUUGUACCAAUUCUCGCUUAAACAUUCCUUGGAUGUUAAUGGUUUGAAUCCAGAAUUCAAAAUUGCUUACUAUAAAGCAAACAAUUGAGUUUCUGUACAUUUUUGCAGAUGAACCCCAACGGUUUGUGCUUAUAAAAGCAGCCGAUUGAAAUAUCUAUGUGUGUGUGUGUGCGUGUUUGAUAGUGAGAGAGAGUAUAUGUGUACUAGUGGCAGGCCCCUGGCACAUGCACCUCACUGUGUUUGCAGGGCAGCGCAGCAACCAGCAGGAUGACCCUGAUUAUCUCUGUUAAAAUCUGACGAUGACAUUAAAAGAUGCUGGAACCGAUGCAUCCAAUUUUCUCUGUAGUACAUCCGUCGCCCAUCUGAGGUUGUAGCUAGAGCGGGGGGGGGAAAAAAUGUCACCAACCAUGUUGUGCAUACACUGACCCAUACUGUAAUGCUGUAAUACACUCAGUUGUGAAUAAAUACUACUGAAUGUGUUUAAAACAGAGAGUGAAGGCAGGGGUCAUCAUGUGAAUGUAAUAUAUAGUGUUUGUAAAAGCAGAGAAGAAAAUGACUGCAAACUGUAUGAUCAACCUCACCUUUCUUGCAAGGUUCAAGUAACGUGUGCUGUACUUGAAGACUGAGGCAUUCUAUGAAUUAAUCUAAUAUUGCCCAAGAAAAACUUAACAAAAACAGAUUGUAUCCCCUUGAAAGAUGUCUUAAUUUACUUUUUUAAAAUACUACUUUGAUUUGUAUUUCAUAAAGAGGCUAGUUUUUUAUUUUUAUUUUGCUUCCUAUCAAAAAAAAAAAAUCACUUGGAAAGAGAUGACUUCUACUGUUAGUUCCAUCAAGCACAUCUCAACACCUGUCACAUCGUUUUGUAAACCUCAGUGUUUUGAUUACCUAGAUGGUUCAUUUAAAAAAGGAGACUAGAUUUAUUUAUCUAAACAUGAAAAGGUCUAAAGUUAUUUAAUGUAUUAAAAUCGGGACGUAUCAUUUAACUGUAGAUGACAUAAUCUGCUUUUUCAAUAAAGUGGUUUUGUAGCUAACUGUAAAAA